UCUUAUAUAGCUCAUUGCUUUCUUACCAUGUUUGUGAAAGGAAAAAAAAGGUGUCAAAGGUUAGGCUAAGUGGCAUUCACCUGUAGUAAUGCUCCCAGCCGCACAAUAAUGAAACUUGAACUGAAAAGCUUUGUUGUAGUUUCUCUUCAGCCGCAGUGACACAGGAAUUACUGCGCUGGAGACCGUUGCUACGGGCAACCGCGGCUCUCAGGUGCUCGUCUUCAUCUGUGUGUAGCAGCAGAGACGAGACAUGACCUGAAGUGAAACGUUUUUAAAGCUGCACACUGAGGACUUUUCUGACGGAGAUGACUGACAUACUGCGGCUGGUGCCAGAAGCGGACAGACGGAUUUUACCAACUCUCUCCCGGCUCUCUGAAAACGAUAUUAACUGUAUUUGGGCUGAUGUAUCCGGAUACAUUGAACGUCACAUGACCUUGCAGAAGGGGGUCCACCUGGCAGGACUGGGGACCUUCACCUUCUCUCAGCAGAAGUUGGAUAUAGGAAACAAAUUCAGAAUGAUCCAAAGACCCAUCUUCCUCCUGACUGGAAAACUAGUCCAGUCUCUGGGUUUAAAGCAGGUCAGACCCCUGGCUGCAGGUGAGCACAUUUUAGAAGAUGAACCUGAGGGUUUAUUUCACCAUAAACUCAUGUAACAAUAUAAAGAAAAAAGGAGUGCCACCAAUUGGAUGGAUUAUAAACAGGACAGGAGAAUGACAGGCCCUGAAAAUUUUAGAUUUGGAGACAUUUGAAUUUAAUUUUAUCAAACCACACAGUCCUGAUAAAGCAAGUUGAGAUAUUUAGUGGUAAACUCUAAUAAAUAAUAGAUAUUUUUUUACUUUGAUUGUUGCGUACUAAUAAAGUUACAGAGGUUAGAUUUAGGCAAGUUAAGUUGCUGAGGGAAAACAAACAUGUUGAUGACGUACCUUAAAAUAACUCAAAGUUCAUGCGGUUGCAAAUAUUGGUCUCCUGUGAAAAGUCCCCGUUAUGUGACCCAUCUACCACCACAACCUGCCUCAUAACCAUGGAUCUAUAAAGAGAACUGGAUAAAGUGCUGGAGAUGGGGCUUUGUUAAUAUGAAAGUUGGUCAGUGGUGCAUGAAGCCAAAAAUUGUUUAACUGCUGCAUUUAAAUUUACCCGGAUGAUUGGCACUCCUUCCUCACAGUGCGUCUAAAAUGGAUCGAAUGGAUUAAAUUUUGAUUUACAAGUCAUUUCACAGGAGUUGUGGCACUCAAAUAUAUUCAUCCACGGAUGUGGAUGAAUAUAUGUAAGUUAGUGGAAAAAGCUUUAGAUUUAGAGAUAGUAAGUUAGAUAGUAAGAAAGCUGAGA